AAAAGGCAUAUAACUGAAAAAUAUAUAGAUACAUUUAAAAUAAGAACGCGUCUUCAUCAUGGAAAGACAUUUGUACAUACUUUGAAAUUUCAGAGAAAGCGCUUCAGAAUUCUUCGUUGUGCUUCAUUGUGCGGUUUUAUGCUCUUAUCUAGAUUGGUGAAAGAUUAACUGCAGUGGCAUCAAAAUACAUGAGAGCGCAUCAUCCUGAGCGUUCAGAUCAGCUGCUUAUAUGGGAUUAUUAAAGACUGAGGUAAAUUAUCAGAAGACUGGGUAUAUAUGUUGAUUUUCUAUCACUGUAUCUGUGCCAAGUUUGGGGAAACGCAUCAAAACACCAGGCACUGUGACUGACUCAUCACCAGAGAUACUGCUGAAGAAUGUUAAUCAGGAAAGAAGGUAUUCUGUAAAGUGCAGAGAAUGCUGAUGAGGAUGGUGAGAAGGAAGAGGAUGAGAGGAAUUGUCACAUCACUGGUUUCUGCAUAAGAAGGGUAAAAACUCACUCAAUCUCAAUAGUGAGACCUCAUGGACCACAGAGCUCAAAGAGACAAGAGCAGGGCCAGCUACUUUGGAAAUGUUAAGAACAGACUGGGUUCAAAAUUGCCGGCUGGGAUUACGCAGCCUCCAUGCUUCAUUACUGCUUCUUGUUCCGUCGGAGUUCAGGGUGCACAGGGAAAGAGUGUCAGACAGGAGUGUGUCAAAGGACAGCACCAAAUUCGAAACCCUAAACUAAGACAGUACUAUCUAAAGGAGGUAGCGUACCCAACUGAAGUUCCAACGAAGACUUUGGGGUCAUGCAGAAACGAUGAACAUGGCAUACCAAAGAUCAAGGCCUCAUCUUCUACAGAAAUGGCCUUUGAGGCAGGCCCAGGACAAGAGCACAGCCUUGAUCCUACAGCGGGAACUGCGACUCUUAUGUCCGUUUCAACAGAUGUGGAGUAUGACAAGCUGAUGGAUGUGGAGGCGGUACCUUUACCUGAUGGAAAAGUGUGUUUAUUGGCUCUCCCAUAUGAAUGUUCUCAGGGGGAGGGGCCAGCAGGCAUGCCUUGCCUAAAACUAUUUUCUCGUUACAUUACAGAUAGAAAGGGUGUGGUCUUUGGGAUAUUGCUGGUGACAUCCAAUAAGAUCUUCUUUGACCCUCAGAAGUGCCAACCACUUGUGCGGGAGAAUGGCUGGGAGGAGUAUGUGUUCUCCUGCUUUGUGGACGAUCUCACAUCAGUGUCCUUCUACAAGGACAUCUCUCACGUUCACUUCAACAAGACCUCACACAGAUAUAUCAGUUGUAAGCCAUCAAAGAGCAAAAUACACAGCCAGAGACAAAACCAAACCAAGUGCAGCUCCCAUCAGUCAGCGACAGACACAGUUCCUGCUCCUGAGUCCUGUGUUUCGCAUGAUCUGCCAGCGGCUCUUGGUGCGAUUGCUGAGAAAGGUGAAGAUCCUGGUGACAUGGCUGAGGCUGAGACACAGCUUACUUUGGAGUCUGGAGGAAUGCUAACUGCUGCUGCGGCCACCUUCUGUUGUGGAGGACCAGACAGUGUUCACAGAGGAAACACUAAAUAUGAACACAUGGACAGUACCAAACCCCAGUCAUGUUUGGAUAGACAGUUGUUAGGCCUUGGUACUACUACAUUAAGUAGUGGUACAGCCAGAUCUCUGAUGUUUGUUAAAAUUCGCCAGAAACAGCAGCAUGCGAAAAGAAGGUCUUUCACUAAACCGAAAAGCCAUUCUAGAGAUGUCUGGUUCACCAUGCAGCAAGACAGUUCAGACGAGCUGUAUGCUUACCUGAGCCAGCAUCGGCCAGACCUGUGCAUUCUGGAGAGAGGUGAGGAGGAUGAAGCAGAGAGGGAUGAAGAGGAUUUUGUGCUCCUGGAUGAAGAGGAGCAGGAAGAAGAGGAGGGGUCUCUAAGAGAAGGCUGGGCCGGGGAGGAUUGGGAGAUUGUGUCAGUGGAGGAGAGUAGGCCGAUAGCUUCUGUCUCAAUUGAACCAGAUGGUCUGAAUCACAUACUGAACCAGAGUGUCAUACUGGAUGCCCAACAAGUCAGAGAGAUCUCUCGAGAGUUGCCUCCACGGACGAUCGGACACACGUGGCAGCUGUCGUACAGCACGGACAAACAUGGGGCCAGUCUCAAGACUCUCUACAGGAAACUCCGCACCAUAGAGUCACCUGUGCUGAUUCUCAUUAAGGAUCAUAACCAGCAGGUUUUUGGGAGCAUGCUCUCACAUCCACUGCAUCCUAGCGAUGCCUUUUACGGCACUGGAGAGACCUUCUUGUUUCUGUCUUACCCUCGCUUUAAGUGCUUUCGCUGGACUGGAGAGAACUCUUUCUUCAUCAAAGGAGACUUGGACUCUUUUGCCAUUGGAGGAGGAAGUGGUCACUUUGGGCUGUGGGUGGACGAGAGGUUGUAUUUUGGCAGAAGUAGUCCAUGUUUCACCUUUAAUAACUGCAGCUUGUCUGAGACCAGUGACUUCACGAUUCUGGAGUUGGAGGCCUGGACAUUCGGAUGACCCAACAAAUGCUGUAAAUAAUCCAAAAACAUCAUGAUUUAGCUGACAAUAUGGCCAUUAAGACUGAAGGGAAAGAAACGUAACAUACACUUUAACAUGCUGCAUGAACAGUGAAUAUUCUGCCUGAAGGUUUGUAAAUGGAAGCGUUUUAUGUAGAUUGAUGGAAGCUCAAUGUACUUAUCAUCUUACUACCAUGAUAAAGAAAACCUUCUGUUUGUCUCCAGUGUGGGAGACAAGCUGUCCAAAUGACAGAAGAUUAUGUGUACUCUUCUGAGCAGCACAUGUUUUUAUUAGUAAGAUUGAUAGUGCCAUCUGGCGGUAUACAUAUUUACUGCAGCUCUGGUUACAGUGUCCAUAUUUAAGUAAUGAGGAACCUUUAAUAUCCAUGUUAAUUGCCUGUAAGUAGGCAUGUCCCGAUACUGUUAUUGGGUCCGAUACCGUGCUCAUGUACGGGUACUCGUAAAAAUGCUCUGAUACCAAAAACUGAUACCGUCUGAUGGACACAUGUCAUUACAUAAAAAUUCAGCCCACAAAUGAAUAUCACGUUAUGUCCUAGUGAGAUUAUUUAACCGCAAAAGUUGUGAUUUAAUGAGAUAAAUACUGUAUAUAGUUUGCAUGUAAUUCAAAUGUGAGUGCUUGUGAAUUUGUGGAGACAGUGUUGUGCUGAUGCCGGCUGCUUAUACCUUUUCAAGCUCCUCCUUGGCUUAUACAGGGAAAACACUGUCAUGAGCAUUGCUUUGUUUGUAGCAGAUGACAGCAAACAUAGCACAAAUUCACUUAGUAGCGCAAGGCACAUACAGAGUACAUACUUAUUUAAUUAAACAGUCUUUUAUGGUUUUAAUAAUCACUUUGAGUCACAUAGCAACUGGCUUUUCCAGAGUGGGAAGCUGCCAUUAUAAUGUCAGUGCUCUUCAAGGAGCUCUAAAAUGCCCGAGCUUCUUGGUCAAGACAACACAGAAGCUCCAUCAAAAUAAAGCUAAAUUUAUAGGAAAAUUCUGGUAAUAUUCAUUAAAAAAAAUGAUAUUCACUGUAAUACUACUAUUAAUAAUAAAUCAGUAGUAAUUGUGUUAUACUUAAGCAGCAUCUCACAGCUGUGUUGCUCUGUUAUGCAGCACUUUAUUUGACAAAAUAUAACUCCAAUGUUGUAUUUUGUAUUGUGAUGUGAGGUUCUGUAUAUAAGCACUUAAUUUGGAGAAAAACAAAUAAAAAAUACAAUAAUAUUUUGCAAAUUAAUGGUUAUGUUUUUAUUUGGAUAAAGAUUUUUGAUGAUAAAAUACCAAAAAUGAGUACCAGAGUACCAAAAAUGAUGUACUGAUACUCCUACUCGUUCUCAAAAAAAUGUUAUUGGGACAUCCCUACCUAUAAGUGCAGGAUCAACUAUAUUAAGUGUCAUAAACACUGUUAGUUGAAUUAGUUUAUAACCACAGCUGCACUUUUACACAUGGAAAAUGUUUCUCAUUACUAAAAACCAAACCAAGACAAAAAAAUGUAAUAACUAACCACACAUAAACCCCUUAGUUGCAUGAGAGAGAGGGACUUAUUUGAUUCCAUAUCUUUUUUAUUUUCUUAGACAUCCACAUAGUCUUGUUUGCUUGUGGAUGGGUAUGUAACCUGAUGCCUUUUACUGUAAAUAACUAUUAUAUUAAUAAAAGCAUCAGUUCAAAGUUAUCUGUAUAGCACAUUCUCAUUAAAACAAAUAAAAAUUAUAGUGUCAUACAUGACUAAUGCAAUAUUUAUGCAUGUGAAAAUGAUGUCACUAUCCAAUCUACAAGUUAUCUUUAACUUAAUAAAAUAUCUUAUCAAUAAAAGUAACACUUCGUUUUAUUUAAAAAAAAAACAAUGUAUUUAUUUAACAUGUACAGAAUACAUUAAACUGCAGUCACAGGGGUGUUAUUUCAUACAUAAUCGUUGCAGAA